AAAACUGCCGACGUCUAAACAAGACUUGACACCUCCGAAACAAAGAAAUCUAAUAUGGGCACCUUUCUCUCCCCAUGAAAAAAGGCCCUGCACGUGAAAAUCUGAACUGGACACCAAUAGGGCAGAAUGAAGUAUCCUUAUUAGUGAGGAACUCGACACACAUCUCUCUCGUCAUGCCGGAAUACACAACCUGAUUGACAAGAACAUCUCACUUUAUUAUGUCA